UAGAACUCUUGCAAGAAAUAUGGCUGACGACGCUAAUUUAGGGAGAGGAGCUCUGGAAAAUCAUGUUGAAAAUAUGGAAAGUACUUUGAAGGAAUUGAUGGCUUCCUUCCAAUCUCUUCAAGCAACCUUAGUCACAAGGGCACCUUUGACAACAAAUUCCUUGUUUGAAGGAAAUGUUUCUAUGGCAAAUCUUCCUAUCGCCACUUCUACUCUUGGAAAAGAGCCAAUGUCAUCUUGCCCACCAAAUCCAACUAUUGGUGGAACUUCUGGGAUAAAGCCAUUUGAUCUAAAUGCUGGUGUUGCUACAGCCCAGUCUAAUGAUCAAGAAAAGACUCAAGUUGACAAGUCAAUCACAGAGGAUGAAGACAAGGCAAUUAAAGCGAAGUUGAUAGCAACUAGGCUUGUUACCCCUGUACCUAUGGUGCCAUUAAAUCCACCAUUCCCAAUAUGGUAUAACCCACAAGCAAGAUGUGAAUACCAUAGUGGAGGUGUUGGGCAUGACCUUGAAAAUUGUCUUGUUUUAAAGCAUCGUGUCCAAGAUAUGAUAGAUGCAAAGGAGUUACAAAUUACAUCAGAACCUGAGGUUGUUGUUUCAAAUAUCACUAAAAACCCUUUGCCCACACAUGAUGGUCCAAUAGUUAAUAUGAUCAAGAAAGACUCCGAUAAAGGUCAUGAGGUGACUACAUCAACAAAUAAUGAUGGUUUGAGCACUUCUUUUGAAAAGUUGAGCAUAUGUGUCAUUGAUGAAGGAAAGGGUGAUGACAAGCUUAUUCUACCUACUCAUGGUGAAGCUUUAGACAACAAGCUGGUAGAGAUUCUUCCUGUUCUUAUCAUUAAAUCGUAAGAUGUGUCAAUCUUCUUGUGGUUGAGCUUGUGACCAUGAGAAGAGAUGGUUAAAACAAGCCUUUUAUAUUUUAUAAAGCAUUGUAGGCAUGACAAAUAAUGUUCCGUUCAGUCCAUUUCAAUCAAUGAUGUUACUUUCA